AUGACCAUGGCUGGACACUGCUUUCUCCCAGGACUAGCUUUUCUCCUCUCCGCUGUCCUAGCGAGCGCCCAAGACAGCCCACAGCUCCGCCUGGUGGGCGGAGGCCAUCACUGCGCCGGCAGAGUGGAGAUCCGGCACCAGGGCUCCUGGGGCACCGUGUGUGAUGACGGCUGGGACCUGCGUGAUGCCCACGUGGUGUGCAGACAGCUGGGCUGUGGAGAGGCCCUCAACGCCACGGUCUCUGCUCACUUCGGGGCAGGAACAGGACCCAUCUGGCUGAACCAGAUGCCAUGCACAGGGAAGGAGUCCCACCUGUGGGAUUGCCCAUUCAGAGGCUGGGGGAAUAAUUACUGUCAUCAUUCAGAAGAUGCAGGAGUCAUCUGCUCAGGAUUAGCUGUGCGUCUGGCUGGAGGGGGUGGGCCCUGCUCAGGGCGAGUGGAAGUGCAUUCCAGAGGAGACUGGACUCCAGUGUCUGACUGGAACUUCACAUCGCUCACCGCCCAAGUCAUCUGUGCAGAGCUGGGGUGUGGCAAGGCUGCGUCUGUCCUGGGGGACGUGCCCCAUGGACGGGUCUGGCCUGAGGAGUUCUGGUGUGAAGGGCAGGAGCAGAGGCUCUGGUUCUGCCCCAGGGUGACCUGUCCAGGAGGCACCUGCCACAACCGCGGGACUGUUCGCCUCGUCUGCUCAGCAUACACAGAAGUCCGGCUCAUGAACAGCGGCAGCUCUCGCUGUGAGGGGCAGGUGGAGAUGCGUGUUUCAGGGCGCUGGAUCGCGCUCUGCGCCUCCCACUGGAGUCUGGCCAAUGCCCAUGUUGUGUGUCGCCAGCUGGGCUGUGGGGUCGCCCUGUCCACACCCAAAGGAGCACACUCUGGGGGAGCAGCUGCCCAGGUCUGGAAAGCCCGAUUUCACUGCUCAGGGGCUGAGUCCUCCCUGUGGAAGUGCCCCGUGACUGCCCUGGGCGCUCCUGACUGCAGCCCUGGACACACGGCCUCUGUGACCUGCUCAGGAAACCAGACCCAGGGGUUGCCCCAGUGCACCCACUCCCCGUCUCCAUCAGUAGGUUCUACAGGCUCAGAGGAGGGUGCUGCCAGUUGCGCAGACAGCCCACAGCUCCGCCUGGUGGGCGGAGGCCAUCCCUGCGCCGGCAGAGUGGAGAUCCUGCACCAGGGCUCCUGGGGCACCGUGUGUGAUGACGGUUGGGACCUGCAAGAUGCCCAUGUGGUGUGCAGACAGCUGGGCUGUGGAGAGGCCCUCAACGCCACGGUCUCUGCUCACUUUGGGUCCGGAUCUGGGCCCAUCUGGCUGGAAGAGCUGGCAUGCACAGGAAACGAGUCCCAUGUGUGGAAGUGCCCUUCCUGGGGCUGGGGACACCAUGACUGCAGGCACAAGGAGGACGCUGGGGUCAUCUGCUCAGAGUUCCCGGCCCUCAGGCUGGUGAGCGAGGACCAGGACUGUGCUGGGUGGCUGGAAGUCUUCUACAACGGGACCUGGGGCGGGGUGUGCAACAGCCCGAUGGAUCCCAUGACCUUGUCUGUGAUCUGCAGACAGCUUGGCUGUGGGGACAGCGGGACCCUCAACCCUUUGGUUGGUGCUAGGGAAGGUUCUAGACCCCGAUGGGUAGAUGGAAUCCGGUGUCGCAAGAUGGAUACCUCUCUCUGGCAGUGUCCAUCUGACCCUUGGAAAUACAGUUCAUGCUCUUCAGUAGAAGAAGCUUCUAUCAUGUGUGCAGACAGGGAGAAGCUGCGGCUGCGGGGCGGAGACGGCGCGUGCUCGGGCCGCGUGGAGGUGUGGCACGCGGGCGCCUGGGGCACGGUGUGCGACGACUCCUGGAGCCUGGCCGAGGCCCACGUGGUGUGCAGGCAGCUGGGCUGCGGCUCGGCGCUGGACGCCCCGCGGGCGGCGGCCUUUGGCGCUGGCAACGGCAGCAUCUGGCUGGAUGAGGUGCGCUGCAGGGGCGGGGAGCCCUCGCUGUGGGCCUGCCCUGCGGCUCCCUGGGGCCAGAGCGACUGCAAGCACGAGGAGGACGCGGGAGUGAGGUGCUCGGGGACUGUGCGUCUAGCUGGAGGGGGUGGGCCCUGCUCAGGGCAAGUGGAGGUGCGUUCCAGAGGAGACUGGACUCCAGUGUCUGACUGGAACUUCACAUCGCUCACCGCCCAGGUCAUCUGUGCAGAGCUGGGGUGUGGCAAGGCUGCAUCUGUCCUGCAGGGUGUACCCCUCAGAGAGUCAGAUGGACGGGUCUGGCCUGAGGAGUUCUGGUGUGAGGGGCAGGAGCAGAGGCUCUGGCUCUGCCCCAGGGUGCCCUGUCCAGGAGGCACCUGCCACCACCGCGGGGCUGUUCGCCUCGUUUGCUCAGCAUACACAGAAGUCCGGCUCAUGAACAGCGGCAGCUCUCGCUGUGAGGGGCGGGUGGAGAUGCGUAUUUCAGGGCACUGGAGGGCGCUCUGCGCCUCCCACUGGAGUCUGGCCAAUGCCCAUGUUGUGUGUCGCCAGCUGGGCUGUGGGGUCGCCCUGUCCACCCCCGAAGGAGCACACUCUGGGGGAGCAGCUGCCCAGGUCUGGAAAGCCCGAUUUCACUGCUCAGGGGCUGAGUCCUUCCUGUGGAAGUGCCCCGUGACUGCCCUGGGCGCUCCUGACUGCAGCCCUGGACACACGGCCUCUGUGACCUGCUCAGGAAACCAGACCCAGAGGCUGCCCCAGUGCACCCACUCACAGUCUCCACCAGCAGGUUCCACAGCCUCAGAGGAGGGUGCGGCCAACUGCUCAGACAGCCCACAGCUCCGCCUGGUGGGCGGAGGCCAUCGCUGCGCCGGCAGAGUGGAGAUCCUGCACCAGGGCUCCUGGGGCACCAUGUGUGAUGACGGCUGGGACCUGCGUGAUGCCCAAGUGGUGUGCAGACAGCUGGGCUGUGGAGAGGCCCUCAAAGCCACGGUCUCUGCUCACUUUGGGUCUGGAUCAGGGCCCAUCUGGCUGGAGAAGGUGCAUUGCACAGGAAACGAGUCCCACGUGUGGAAGUGCCCGUCCCAGGGCUGGGGACACCAUGACUGCAGACACAAGGAGGAUGCCGGGGUCAUCUGCUCAGAGUUCCUGGCCCUCAGGCUGGUGAACGAGCACCAGGUCUGUGCAGGGUGGCUGGAAGUUUUCUACAAUGGGACCUGGGGCGGUGUGUGCAACAGCCCCAUGGACGCCGUGACUUUGUCUGUGAUCUGCAGACAUCUUGGCUGUGGGGACAGCGGGACCCUCAACCCUUUGGUUGGUGCUAGGGAAGGUUCUAGACCCCGAUGGGUAGAUGGAAUCCGGUGUCGCAAGAUGGAUACCUCUCUCUGGCAGUGUCCUUCUGACCCUUGGAAAUACAGUUCGUGCUCUGCAAGAGAGGAAGCUUCUAUCACGUGUGCAGGUGACUCCUGAACAGGGAAACCUUUCUGGGUUGCCUGCUCCCUUGACCUGACUCUCUCCUCAGACAGCACACAGCUCCGCCUAGUGGACGGAGGCCAUCGCUGCGCCGGCAGAGUGGAGAUCCUGCACCAGGGCUCCUGGGGCACCGUGUGUGAUGACGGCUGGGACCUGAAUGAUGCCCACGUGGUGUGCAGACAGCUGGGCUGUGGAGUCGCCCUCAACGCCACGGUCUCUGCUCACUUCGGGGUGGGAUCAGGGACCAUCUGGCUGCAUGAGCUUCAGUGCACGGGGACGGAGUCUCACCUGUGGAAGUGCCCGUUCCGAGGCUGGGGGAAACACUUCUGCAUUCAUUGGGAGGAUGCAGGAGUCAUCUGCUCAGGAUUAGCUGUGCGUCUGGCUGGAGGGGGUGAGCCCUGCUCAGGGCGAGUGGAGGUGCGUUCUGGAGGAGACUGGACUCCAGUGUCUGACGGGAACUUCACAUCGCUCACCGCCCAGGUCAUCUGUGCAGAGCUGGGGUGUGGCAAGGCUGCGGCUGUCCUGGGGGGUGUAUCCCUCAGAGAGUCAGAUGGACGGGUCUGGCCUGAGGAGUUCUGGUGUGAGGGGCAGGAGCAGAGGCUCUGGCUCUGCCCCAGGGUGCCCUGUCCAGGAGGCACCUGCCACCACCGCGGGGCUGUUCGCCUCGUUUGCUCAGCAUACACAGAAGUCCGGCUCAUGAACAGCGGCAGCUCUCGCUGUGAGGGGCUGGUGGAGAUGCGUAUUUCAGGGCACUGGAGGGCGCUCUGCGCCUCCCACUGGAGUCUGGCCAAUGCCCAUGUUGUGUGUCGCCAGCUGGGCUGUGGGGUCGCCCUGUCCACCCCCGAAGGAGCACACUCUGGGGGAGCAGCUGCCCAGGUCUGGAAAGCCCGAUUUCACUGCUCGGGGGCUGAGUCCUCCCUGUGGAAGUGCCCCGUGACCGCCCUGGGCGCUCCUGACUGCAGCCCUGGACACACGGCCUCUGUGACCUGCUCAGGGAACCAGACCCAGGGGCUGCCCCUGUGCACCCACUCCCCGUCUCCAGGCUCUGCAGCCUCAGAGGAAGAUGCAGCCAAGUGCUCAGACAGCCCACAGCUCCGCCUGGUGGGCGGAGGCCAUUCCUGCGCCGGCAGAGUGGAGAUCCUGCGCCAGGGCUCCUGGGGCACCGUGUGUGAUGACGGCUGGGACCUGCAAGAUGCCCACGUGGUGUGCAGACAGCUGGGCUGUGGAGAGGCCCUCAACGCCACGGUCUCAGCUCACUUCGGGGAGGGAUCAGGGCCCAUCUGGCUGGACGGGAUGCAGUGCACAGGAAACGAGUCCCACGUGUGGAAGUGCCCGUCCCGGGGCUGGGGGCGCCAUGACUGCAGGCACAAGGAAGAUGCAGGGGUCAUCUGCUCAGAGUUCCCGGCCCUCAGGCUGGUGAGCGAGCAUCAGGACUGUGCCGGGUGGCUGGAAGUUUUCUACAACGGGACCUGGGGCGGUGUGUGCAACAGCCCCAUGGACGCCGUGACCUUGUCUGUGAUCUGCAGACAGCUUGGCUGUGGGGACAGCGGGACCCUCAACCCUUUGGUUGCUGUUAGGGAAGGUUCUAGACCCCGGUGGGUAGAUGGAAUCCGGUGUCGCAAGAUGGAUACCUCUCUCUGGCAGUGUCCUUCUGACCCUUGGAAAUACAGUUCGUGCUCUGCAAGAGAGGAAGCUUCUAUCACGUGUGCAGAAAAGAGGCCCAAGAGCUGUCCAUCUGCCGCCCCCUGCACAGACAGGGAGAAGCUGCGGCUGCGGGGCGGAGACGGCGCGUGCUCAGGCCGCGUGGAGGUGUGGCACGCAGGCGCCUGGGGCACGGUGUGCGACGACUCCUGGAGCCUGGCCGAGGCCCACGUGGUGUGCAGGCAGCUGGGCUGCGGCUCGGCGCUGGACGCCCCGCGGGCGGCGGCCUUUGGCGCUGGCAACGGCAGCAUCUGGCUGGAUGAGGUGCGCUGCAGGGGCGGGGAGCCCUCGCUGUGGGCCUGCCCUGCGGCUCCCUGGGGCCAGAGCGACUGCAAGCACGAGGAGGACGCAGGUGUUAACUGCUCUUCUCUGAAACCUCACCACCCUCUUCUGUCCUCAGGCAGCAGAUCAGACCCAGCUCCUGGCCCUGGCGUCCUCUCCCUGCCCGGGGUCCUCUGCAUCAUCUUGGGGGUCCUUCUCUUCCUGGUCCUGGUCAUCCUGGGCAUUCAGCUGCACAGAGGGAGAGCAGAGCACAGAGCCUCACCUGCUUUGAAGGAUGUCAGCAGUGAGGCCUUGUACGAGGAGAUUGAUAACUAUGCUGUCCCAGAAGAGGAUCUUUCGGACAGAUCAGAGCCUCCGGGACACCGUGCCAGUGCCACAGGAGACUGUUAUGAUGAUACUGAAGAGCUUCCUGUUCCUGAAAGUCCUUCUUCCACUGGAAUGAGUGGGAAUUAUUUUUUCCCAGAGGAGGAAAGUGGUACUGGGGAUUCCCAGCCAGGCCUCUCUCUGCCAUCUCCUGGAGAAGCUAUCAUCUCUGGCAUGGGAGGGAGAGGACUCCCACUGGUCCUGACACAAGAAGACCCUGGGUAUGAUGAUGUCGAGCUUAUCCCCAUGAAGCACCAUUUUGGAUCAAAUAAAUCUUCAAAGAAUCCUCUAUGCCCAUUCAUCCCCACCCCCACCCUCCACCUGACUCCCUCCUCAGACAGCCCACAGCUCCGCCUGGUGGGCGGAGGCCAUCCCUGCGCCGGCAGAGUGGAGAUCCUGCACCAGGGCUCCUGGGGCACCGUGUGUGAUGGCGGCUGGGACCUGCGUGAUGCCCACGUGGUGUGCAGACAGCUGGGCUGUGGAGAGGCCCUCAACGCCACGGUCUCUGCUCACUUCAGGGAGGGAUCAGGACCCAUCUGGCUGCAUGAGCUUCAGUGCACGGGGACGGAGUCUCACCUGUGGAAGUGCCCGUUCCGAGGCUGGGGGAAGCACAACUGCUUUCAUAAGGAGGAUGCAGGAGUCAUCUGCUCAGGAUUAGCUGUGCGUCUGGCUGGAGGAGAUGAGCCCUGCUCAGGGCGAGUGGAGGUGCGUUCUGGAGGAGACUGGACUCCAGUGUCUGACUGGAACUUCACAUCGCUCACCGCCCAGGUCAUCUGUGCAGAGCUGGGGUGUGGCAAACCUGCAUCUGUCCAGGAGGGUGUGUCCCUCAGAGAGUCAGGUGGACGGGUCUGGCCUGAGGAGUUCUGGUGUGAAGGGCAGGAGCAGGGGCUCUGGCUCUGCCCCAGGGUGCCCUGUCCAGGAGGCACCUGCCACCACCGCGGGGCUGUUCGCCUCGUCUGCUCAGUAUACACCGAAGUCCGGCUCAUGAACAGUGGCAGCUCUCGCUGUGAGGGGCGGGUGGAGAUGCGUGUUUCAGGGCGCUGGAUCGCGCUCUGCGCCUCCCACUGGAGUCUGGCCAAUGCCCAUGUUGUGUGUCGCCAGCUGGGCUGUGGGGUCGCCCUGUCCACCCCCAAAGGAGCACACUCUGGGGGAGCAGCUGCCCAGGUCUUGAAGGCCCGAUUUCACUGCUCAGGGGCUGAGCCCUUCUUGUGGAAGUGCCCCGUGACCGCCCUGGGCGCUCCUGACUGCAGCCCUGGACACACGGCCUCUGUGACCUGCUCAGGAAACCAGACCCAGGGGCUGCCCCUGUGCACCCACUCCCUGUCUUCACCAGCAGGCUCUGCAGCCUCAGAGGAAGCUUAAAGGCCCCAUUGACCUGACCCUCUCUUCUCAGACAGCCCACAGCUCCGCCUGGUGGGCGGAGGCCAUCCCUGCGCCGGCAGAGUGGAGAUCCUGCACCAGGGCUCCUGGGGCACCGUGUGUGAUGACGGCUGGGACCUGCGUGAUGCCCACGUGGUGUGCAGACAGCUGGCCUGUGGAGAGGCCCUCAAUGCCACAGCUCACUUCGGGGAGGGAUCAGGGCCAAUCUGGCUGGACGGGAUGCAGUGCACAGGAAAGGAGUCCCACAUGUGGAAGUGCCCUUCCCGGGGCUGGGGGCGCCAUGAUCACUGCAGGCACAGGGAGGAUGCCGGGGUCAUCUGCUCAGAGUUCCUGGCCCUCAAGCUGGUGAACGAGGACCAGAAUUGUGCCGGGUGGCUGGAAGUCUUCUACAACGGGACCUGGGGCAGUGUGUGCAACAGCCCCAUGGACGCCAUGACCUUGUCCGUGAUCUGCAGACAGCUUGGCUGUGGGGACAGCGGGACCCUCAACUCUUCGGUUGCUGUUAGGGAAGGUUCUAGACCCCGGUGGGUAGACGGAAUCCAGUGUCGCAAGAUGGAUACCUCUCUCUGGCAGUGUCCUUCUGACCCUUGGAAAUACAGUUCGUGCUCUGCAAGAGAGGAAGCUUCUAUCACGUGUGCAGGGGCCAACCUGCUUUGGACCUCCUCCCUGCCUGGGAUCCUCUGCCUCACCCUUGGGUACCUUUUCUUUCUGGUCCUCAUCAUCCUGGGGACUUGGCUGUACCGAUGGAGAGCGGAGCACAGAGUUGUACACAGUUUUGAAGCUGCUGUUGAUGAUGCUUUGUACGAGGACAUUGAAAAUCUUGCAUCACCGAGGAAGGAUCCGCUGGGCAGUGCAGAUCCCUCAGCUCAGACACCAAGUGCCCCAGAAGAGUAUUAUGAUGAUGUUACAGCUGUGCAAAUGCCUAAGGCUCCUCCUGCAUCAGGAGUGAGAGAAGAGGAAGUCAACUUACAGGAGGAGAAUGGGGCGGUCACUCAAACAGCUCUAAUCAAACUUCUUUUCACCGUGUUAGACUCUUCUCUGCAGGUCACUAGGGGAGCAGCUGAUCCUGAGAAAGGAGGAGGCAGGUCCUGUCUGCUCCCUGGGGAGGAAGAGGACCCUAUAUAUGACGAUAUUGAAUGA